CCGAAGUAUAAGUAAUAAGAUAAAAGAAAAAAAAGAGGGAAAAAAAAAGAAAAAAAGAAGUAUAUGUAGGAAGUGAAGAAAAAAAGAGAGAGAAAAAAAGAAAAAUAUUCCUCCCUCUUCGACGACUACGACGACGACAACGACGACGAAUUCGUCGUUUAACUUCAUCGUUUAGUCGCACUAUGUCGUGCUCGGCGUUAUCGUAGCGAAAGAGAGAGUGAGAGAGAGAGAGAGAGAGAGAGAGAAGUUAGAUCUGUGAUAUGUGGGCUCUAAGAACGGAUACAUACGGCGAAUAAGAAGUAGACGACGAGCAAGGGUAGAGAGAUAGGGAUAGAGAGAGAGAGAGUGAGAGAGAGAGAGAGUGUGAGAUAGGUAUAUAUCUCUCUCUCUCUCUCUUGUUUCUGAAGGAGAGGGGAAGAAAUUUUAUAACGAGGAACUCCAGUUAUAAUGAGGAUGGGAGAGAUCGUGGAGAUUUCGCAGGGCGAGGUUGGCCGGAAUCCGUUGAAGAAUAGCUGGGGCGACAUAAUGGACAAGAUACAGUACUGGUGCCCCGAAGGUCAACAAGGUCAGCAAAAUGAGCAAGAGCUGGCGACGAAAAUGUUGCAAAUUCAAAGCAAACGAUUCUACCUUGACGUGAAGCAAAAUAGACGCGGAAGAUUUAUCAAAGUCGCCGAGAUCGGAGCAGACGGAAGAAGAAGCCAAAUUUAUUUAGCACUGAGUACAGCAUUCGAAUUUCGGAACCACCUGUCAACGUUUAGCGACUAUUAUGCAUCCUUAGGUCCACCGAAUCCGGAAAAUGUACCGGAUGAUGGAAAACUCAAAUCAGAAAUGAUGGUCAAGGAUAACAGGCGGUAUUACCUGGAUCUCAAGGAGAACUCUCGUGGUCGUUUCCUGCGGGUGUCACAAACGAUAACACGAGGAGGACCUAGGACGCAGAUCGCGAUACCUGCGCAAGGUAUGAUCGAGUUCCGUGAUGCGUUGACGGAUCUUUUAGAAGAAUUUGGUUCCGACGAUGGAGGUUUUAAAGGUGAUCUACCCGAUGGUCGCUAUAUGCGCGUUGAAGGGAAGAAUUUUUAUUUUGAUAUAGGUCAAAAUAAUCGUGGCAUCUACAUGAGAAUUUCCGAGGUGAAAACGAACUUUCGAACAGCCAUUACCGUUCCGGAAAAGUCUUGGGCGCGUUUCCGUGAUAUAUUUGCGGAUUACUGCGAGAAAAUGCAAGAAGGUGGUGGAGCAGGUGUUGGCGUUGGUGGUAUGAGCGGUGGCAGCGGUGGCAGCGGUGGAAAUGUUCUUUCAGAUGGGAAGGGCUCGGUAGUGGCACAGGUACCAUCACCAUCUUCGACCUCGCAACAGCCUAACCCCAAUCCAAAUUUAGACUCUCCCUUAAUCAAGUGAAAAAGGCUUUAACUUAACUCGAACAUUGGAAUUAUAAUCGUAUAAAUCGGUUUCUCAAGACAUUAAUUAAGCGAACUUAAAAAAAAAAAACAAAAAAAAAAAAGAAACUUAUCAGAGUCGUCUAUGCCAUCGUCAUCGCCAUUUUCAUCGACAUCGGCAUUGACAACAACACGUUUCAUAGUCACCAAUUUAUCAUCAUUGUCGUCGUCGUCGUCGUCGUCGUCGUCGUCGUCGUCGUCGUCGUCGUCGUCGUCGUCGUCGUCGUCGGUCGUCGUCGUCGUCGGUCUUCGUCUUCGUCGUUGUCGUCGUCGUCAUCGUUAUCAUCGUUAUCAUCGUUAUCAUCAUCGCCACCGCCACCGCCACCGUCACCGAUCGCCGUCGUCUCAUCGUUAUUCGCCUUUAACAAUUUGCGAGAACGGUGAGGAUGGUACUCACCAUAUACAUAUAUUUAUAUAUAUAUAUAUAUGUAUGUAUGUAUGUAUGUAUGUAUGUAUGUAUGUAUGUAUGUAUACAUAUAUAUAUAUACUAAAAUGAGAUACACAAUAAAAGAAAAAAAAAAAAAAGAGAGAAAAGAGAUAAAAAGGAAAGAUUAAACCAAGAUUAUUGAAAAUAAAAGGAAAAGGAUAAUAAAUAUAACACCGUCUGUGUUAUGAUUUUACUCAAAUCGAGUGUAUGUUAAAAGUGGCGGCCAUGUUUUAUCAAUCGAUUAGAUCCAAUCUUUUUCUGCGUUCGACAUGAAAAUGUGACAACAACAACAACAACAACAACAAAUAAUAACAACAGCUACAACUACAACAAUAAUGUCAGGGAAAAGACAAAUUAUGAAUGAAAGGGAUAAUAAAUAAAUAAAUAAAUAAAUAAAUAAAUAAAUAAAUAAAUAAAUAAAUAAAGAGGGAAAAGUAAACGAGGAAAAAUAAAAAUUGAUAAUGGGGGUGGGUCAUGUGAAAUGGGAGGAAAGUUAAAAGAUAAUGAAAAAAAAA